AUGCUGCAAAGUUUGUUUAUUAUUAGUCGUUCCAAUGAAAUAUGUUUGGAAAAACACUGGACGAAAAACCUCUCAAAGGCUGUUUGUGAUAAUUUUUUUGAUGCUGUCACCAAAUAUGCACCAGGUGAUGUACCACCUAUUUUAGAGACCCUGAGCAAUUCACUUAUUCAUAUUUUGCGCAACAAUUUAUAUUUUCUAGCUGUAUGUGCUAACGAGAUACCUCCUUUACUUGUCAUAGAGUUCCUAGACUGUGUAAGCUCAAUAGUUGAAGACUAUUUUGGAUCUACCACUGAAACAUCAAUCAAAGAAAAUAUAGUUUGCAUAUAUGAGAUUUUAGAUGAAAUGCUUGACGGAGGGUUUCCUUUGGCUACAGAAUCGAAUAUUCUUAAAGAGAUUGUGCGUCCUUCCAACUUCCUUCAAUCUCUCACGGAUGCAGUUACUGGAAAAAGCACGAAUGUUGGUUCUACGCUUCCUACAAAUCAACUGUCAAACAUACGCUGGAGACGCUCUGGUGUUAAGUACACAAAUAAUGAAACAUAUUUUGACUUGAUUGAAGAGAUAAAUGUAAUUAUUGAUCGUUCUGGGUAUGCCAUAACCAAGGAAAUUUACGGAUCAGUGGAAUGUCUCAUCAAGUUAUCUGGAACUCCAGAUUUGACAAUGGCUUUUACAAAUCAUCACCUGAUUGAUGAUGCCAAUCUUCACCCAUGCGUUCGAUUUUCUCGAUGGAAGAGAGAAAAGAUUUUAUCUUUCAUACCUCCUGACGGAAAGUUCUGUCUCUUUAACUACCAUGUAAACUCAUUAAGCCCAGUAUCUCUUCCUAUUAUUCUGCGACAUAAUUUUCUCCUUCGUGAACAUGGAGGUCGUUUGGAUGUAGUUGUCGUACCGAAAACAAUGGGUAAAUGUGUUGAAGGUGUAAAGCUUACUAUUCAAUUGCCACCAGAAGUUUUAAAUAUCACAGCAUCUCCUAAUGUUGGACGAACUAGUUUUGAUAUGACAACAAAACUAUUCCAAUGGGAAAUUGGUCGUAUUGAACCAAAAUCUGUCAAUCCUUCAAUGAAAAGUACUAUCAAUUUAGUUAGUGGGUUUACUACACUACCGUCAAAUCCUGUGAUACUUGUUGAAUUCUGCAUUCCACAGUUUGUUGCAUCUGGACUGAAAAUUGCUAGAGUUGACAUCUAUGGAGAGAAAUAUAAACCAUUCAAAGGAGUUAAGUAUGCUACAAAAGCUGGGCAGUACGAAGUACGUACGUAG